UGAGACAGCUGCAGUUAUGGCGCCACCCAUGAGGUACUACAUCCCCGGAGAACAUCUGUGUAACUUGGAGGAAGGGAGCCCGGGCAGCGGCACCUACACCCGGCAUGGUUACAUCUUUUCCUCACUUGCUGGUUGCCUGACCAAAAGCAGCGAGAAUGGCGCGCUUCCCAUUGUGUCUGUCACAAGAGAAACAGAGUCCCAAUUACUGCCAGAUGUGGGGGCUAUAGUAACCUGUAAGGUCUCUAGCAUCAAUUCACGAUUUGCCAAAGUACACAUCCUCUAUGUGGGGUCCACACCACUUAAGAACUCUUUUCGAGGAACUAUCCGCAAGGAAGAUGUUCGAGCCACUGAAAAAGACAAGGUUGAAAUUUAUAAGAGUUUCCGCCCAGGUGACAUUGUCUUGGCCAAAGUGAUUUCCCUAGGUGAUGCACAGUCCAAUUACCUCCUGACCACUGCCGAAAAUGAGCUGGGGGUAGUGGUGGCCCACAGUGAGUCAGGUGUCCAGAUGGUUCCCAUCAGCUGGUGUGAGAUGCAGUGCCCUAAAACCCACACUAAAGAAUUUCGGAAAGUUGCCCUGGUGUAGCCUGAGUUCUUGCAGACCUAAGAAGCCACACUUACCCAGUGGAGGGUGGGUAAGCUGUUUGCAAGAGGUAGUACAUGUAUGAAAGUAGCAUCAAGAUGCCGUUGUCUAUUCAAACACCUGGGCCCAGCCAGCACCCACCUCUAUAAAAAUCUGCUCAGAACAUA